GUGUAAAACGGUGACAAGAAGAGGGUAUUCUCCUCGUCACCUCGAUGCUCAAUUAUGCAUCUGACCACAAUCGAUGGCGACGAAGAUCUUCGCAUUCACAACAUCUCAAUUCUACCAUCAGAUCAGUGUGCAACAGAAGAUCAAAGGGCUGCAAAAUGUUGCUGUGGGGACGGGUUCUUUUUCGAUUUUCCCAGGAAAAAGUGUGAGAUAUCUGCAAACGUUGGCUUUAUGUUCGGUCGUCUUAACAAUGGCUGGUCACAUAUGGCUGUAUAUGGAUUCGCGUAUCCAAUGAUUCUCCUGAUGCUUAUUGCACCUUUAUGUGCAGUCAUGUUAGGAAUGGGAAAACGAGAGAAACGAGAAGGAGAUCGAAGAUUUCCAAAUCCACUUUACCAAAUGAUCUGGUUAUUAACAUUUUGUGGAUGGCUCAGUGUUCUCUCACCUCUUCCCUUCACUGUAUGGUACUAUUUCGUAGGUGAAGGCACACGAUCAUUAAAUCAAUCGAUUGCCAUGUGUCAUUUAUUUCGAACUUCAAUGGAAACAAUACCACAUAUGACAGACACAAUGAUGACUUUAUUUUCGGUGCUGCUGGCCGCUGCAAGAUUUCUAACUCAAUAUCAUCGAAAUACACUGAAACUUCGAACGGUCGAACGAUUUUCAAGAGCUAUUUGGGUCAUUAUUUUUGUAUGUGUCACACUGGCGAUUUUGAGGUUUUUCGAGCACGACACAAAAGUAUACCAGUUUUGUAUGGAUACUGAACCAACACCUCAAUGGGCUGGGCGAUGUAUGGUUCGAGAUGGCGCUCUGAUAAAUAUUGUGAAUCGAUCGUUUUGGAAGGUAUUCCUCCCACUUGCGGAUUUUGCUGUUCAAUUUGUGAUACCUGGAGUUCUACUGGCUCUUCUUCAUGUUGGAUUCAUUCGAGAACCCGAAAUUGAUAUGGGCGAUUUGACAAAACACAAUCGUUUCGGAAGAACUCCUCGAGAUCAAACACGAAUUCUAAUAACGACUGUAACAAUAAGUUUUCUCGUUGUUCAAGUUCCAACUGCAUUCAUCACAACACUGUCGCUCACCAUAAAUCAUUUUCAGAAUAAUAAUGCCCUAAUGGUAUUAGCAUUGGUGACUGGACAUCUGCAACCGCUUCUCUCCAUUACAACAAUGGCUGCUAACACGGCAGCACUUUUAACUGCUUAUUAUGUCAUUGUCAAAGACGACGAUGAAGAUGUUGGUGAUAGUCGUACCUCAAUAAGUGACAAUGAAUGUCAAAAUGAGCUUCUGCUUCGAGCUCAGCAAUCCACGUCACGGCGUGGUACUAGAAUAUCUCGUACGUAUCUCAGUGUAAGUCACUCAUUUGACACUGGCUCUCUUCGAUCAUUUUCUCGUAAAGGAUCUGCAAUUGGAGACGAUAUUCUGUGAUUUCAACGGUUCUUCGGCCAAAUUUGUUUCGCUUUUCAUGUUCAUCGCGUGCUUUCGGUUUCGCUAUGAUAUAUAAUUUUUAAAACAAUUACUUAUGAUUUUUAAUUAUCAAUGCCUUUUGUCUUUCAUGUGUGAAUUGAAUGAAAAUGAAUUUUUGCUC